UGUUGCCAACUAUUAAGGUUGAAACAUUGAUAAUGGGCACUGGUAUGAAUCAGCUGAUCGUUAUGUAGUAUCUGGUAACACUGUAUAAGUCCCAUAAUGCCUCGUUCCCAAACAUCUCUUCUCAACUGUGGUCGGCUGUUCGAAGCAUAAUCCACCAUGAAGCUCAACAAGCUUAAAACUGAGUCAAGGCGAAAGAAUCGCCAAAGGUACUUCAAUGCACCAUCUCACCUGCGUAGGAGGUUUAUGUCUGCUCCACUGUCCAAAGAACUAAGACAGAAAUACAAUGUCCGUUCAAUCCCUAUCAGAAAGGAUGAUGAAGUACAGGUUGUACGUGGCCACUACAAAGGACAGCAGGUUGGCAAGGUCGUUAGUGUUUACCGCAAGAAGUACUGCAUUUACAUUGAAAGGAUACAAAGAGAAACCAAUGGAGCUUCUGUGUAUGUUGGUAUCCAUCCAUCCAAGGUUUGUGUAGUCAAGCUUAAAAUGGAUAAGAACCGUAAGUUGAUUCUUGAGCAGAGAGCAUCAGGACGUGCUGCAAGGCAGGGCAAGGACAAAGAGAAGUUCACUGCCAUGGAUACCUCUGCUUAAAUAAACAUUCGUUAAAAA